AUGAAGUUAAAUGAGAAGAGUGACGUUUACAGCUUUGGGAUUGUACUUUUGGAGCUAAUUACUGGCCAACCUGCCAUAACAAAAGAAACGAAAGUCAUUCACUUAGUUGAUCGGGUUAACUCCAUGUUUGCAAAAGGGGAUAUUCAGAACAUUGUGGAUCCAAGGUUGCAAGGAGAUUUCAACAUCAACUCUGCCUGGAAAAUUUUAGAGACUGCCAUGGCAUGUGUACCAUCAACCGCCACCCAAAGGCUGAGAAUGAGUCAUGUAUUGAUGGAAUUAAAAGAGGGGUUGGCAAUGGAGACGACUCAGGGAAGAAGUUUGAGGAUGGAGAGAGAUGAUAUGGGAGCUGGGCAAUCACUCGAAUUGUCUCCCAUAGAUCUUGAAAUCAGCAUGGCUCCCAAAUCUAGGUAG